GAGGUGCCGAUCCAAAGGCCCGGCUCAGGAGUGAUCCCGAAUCGCCUAUAGUAUCAAGAUCAAGAUCAAGAUGAAGAUAGACCGCGCCGCGGUGUAGUGCAAACACUGGAAGAAGAACGACUGGCUUUGUGGCGGCGCGGGCGUGGCCGUGGGCGUAGGCGUGGGCGUCACGGGAAGGAACGGCAAGCAACAUAUAGAAGAAUAACUUUGUGGAUGAAGAGGAGGUGUCACUAUGUCACUUCCUGAAAACUCAACAAGAAGCUGUGAAGAUGACAGCUGCAGCCCCCACCCACACCCUACCCCAGCUUCUGAUGGGGGGCUGCAACUGCCCUCAACAACAUGUGCCUCUGAUAGUGGGAGCAGGAGAGAGGCUGGUGUGGUGCCCAAGGAAUUACCACCCUCCACCUCCACUGCUCAGAACAUGGUAGUCUCAGCCAUGUCGGACAAGGAGGUACCUGACACUGAGAUGAGCCUGGUGGAUAAGUCUGGCCUGGGUGCAGUGAAGAAAGACUUCACUGUGAAGGUUACAAGUAUUUGAGCCAUUCAUCCCAAGAAGCUGGACAUCAGUCUCUCCACACAACUUUCACACCACUCUGGAAACACCAGUGACAAGUCUUACAUGUCUCAAGUGGGAGAGACAUACAGGGUGGGUGACAUUAUUGGCAAGGGAGGCUUUGGUUGCGUGUAUUCUGGCGUGAGGAAACGCGAUUCGCUCCCUGUCGCUAUCAAGAAAUUGGACAAGGCUAAUAUCCAUGCCUGGGAGAUGAUGAAUGGGCGGCUAGUUCCAAGAGAAGUGACAAUGCUGUUAAGAGUCUCCCACAUAGAACACGUGAUAAAGCUUUUACACUGUUUGGACACCGGUGAGUGUUUCUACCUGGUGCUUGAGCGCCCAGAACCUUGCAAAGAUUUGUAUGACUACAUUGGAGAGAGGACGACAAUCCCAGAGACUGAAGCUCGGCUAUUGUUCAAGCAGAUUGUGGACAUUGUGUGGAAUUGUCACAGUGCGGGCAUUCACAAAGACAUAAAAGACGAAAACAUCCUAGUUACACAAAAUGAUGAAGGAAAAAUAAUACUGAAACUCAUUGAUUUUGGUUCAGCUGAUUUCCUGUCUGACAAAACCCAAACACAUAUGAAUGGCACCAGGGUUUAUUGUCCGCCGGAGUGGAUACUCUAAAAAUAUAAGGCCGUCCCAGCGACUGUCUGGUCUCUAGGAAUACUCCUAUACAAUAUGGUGUGUGGGAACAUACCAUUUCAACAUGAUGAGGAAAUUAUAUCAGGCCAUGUGUUAUUUCAUAUUGAAUUAGGUGCAGCAGUAAAACAUUUAGUGCUCUGGUGUCUUUGUAAACGUCCCAGCAAGCGGCCCAGCCUUGAAAGCAUUCUACAGCACCCUUGGAUGAGGGGCAUAGGCGACAGUCAGGAGUGAAACAUUCUAUGAAAAAUACCCACCUGAACUCUUAUAACUCUCCCUGGAAUGCCCAACAUUUCUUGAAAUAAUAAUGAUAAUAUUAAUGAUAAUAAUAACAAUAAUAAUAAUUGUAAUAAUGAUAAAAGUGUGUUGUGGGUUAUGAGGAAAAGAAAAGUGUUUAAUUUUUCGUUUGUUUAUUAUAAUUGUGUUUUUUUUUUUCGUUUUCUGUUUUGUUUCUCCUUUUUAAAGAUUGUAAACUGAAAAAAUAAUGUAAAAAUGUUGUAUGGAAAAUAAUGUAUUAUUGUUUAUAAUAAUGUUAAUGAUAAUUAUCAUUAUUCUAAUUAUUAUUAAUAAGAUUAAUAAUAAUAAUCAGUUAUUAAUAUUGUUAUUAUUUUUGUUAUUUUUAUUAUUAUUUCAUUGCUUUCAUGUAUAAUUAAAAGGAACCAAGUUUUGAAAAAUUAAUGAAAAUUUAUUGAGUAUGUAGUAAAUGAAUGAAAAAUUAUGAAUAUGUAGCAAAUUAAUG